AUGAGUUACGAACAACCAGAGAUCUUAAAAGAACAACAUGCCACAAUUGGUCAAGAAUUAGCUCAAGAUUAUGCAGAAUAUAUUGGUGAUGAUGGUACUCCAAUCCCUCAACAAUCCCAAGAUCAACAAGAUCAACAACAAGAACAUAAAGGAUUCCAAUCAAGAUCAAAUAGAUCUCCUGAAGAAAUUGAAGCACAAAAAGAAACAGAUUCUCGCUCAGUUUAUAUUGGUAAUGUUGAUUAUAAUACAACUCCUGAAGAAUUAGAAGAAUUUUUCUCCAAGAUUGGUACAAUAAAUAGAGUUACUAUAUUAUUUGAUAGAUUUACUGGAAGACCAAAAGGUUAUGCCUAUGUUGAAUUUGAAUCUCAAUCUUCUGUUGAUUCAGCAAUUGGAUUAUCUGGUCAAGAAUUUAAAGAUCGUAUCAUAUCUGUUAAUAUUAAAAGAACUAAUGUCCCUGGUUUUAGAAGAGGUCGUGGCAGAGGUCGUGGUGGUUCUUUUAGAGGUCGUGGUGGUGAUAAUAAUGGCUAUAGAGGUAGAGGCGGUGGAAGAGGUGGUUCUUUUAGAGGUCGUGGUGGUUAUAAUAAUGGUUUCAGAGGUCGUGGUGGUUCAAGAGGUGGUUUUAGAGGUGAUUCUGAUGAUUCAAAUCAACAAACUGGUGAUGUUGGUGCUGAAUUGUUAGCUAAUUGA